CUUUUGAAAUGACGAAGGGCUGUGCACCACCGUCACGGCGACACAACGCCUCAACUCUUCUGAAAGCUGCGAUCGAAAGCUGCGUGCAGCUUUCGCCUCUGCCAUCUACAGACUUCUGGCGGCCAGAAGGCCCCUUCAGCUUCUGCUAGCACUAGUGGCAGAGGCAGAUACUCAGCUCUGUGCUCAGCCUUGAGGAUUGGGUUUUGGUUGAGCGGGAGGGCUUGAAGGGCAAAGAUACAGACGCUUGACAGAAGAAGCCGCUUUGGAGAAGUGAACUGCUCGUUUGACUCGUCGAUUGGCGUUGGUUCAUCAACUUUUUGCAGAGGACGUGCAGUCUUUUUUCCUGCAAAGAUGGCCCGAGGCAAGAAGCGGGUUAUUGAAGAGGAGUCGUCGGAAGCCGAAUCUGACUUUGAUGAGGAACCCAGUCCAAGCGGUCAAGAGGUUGAACCACAGAACGAGAAAAGCCUUUAUGAGGUUUUGGGGGUCAGUAAAUCCGCUUCACAAGCAGAGGUCAAGAAGGCAUAUCACCGGAUGGCUCUGAUCCUUCAUCCUGACAAGAAUCCGGGGAAUGAGGAUGCAAAGGAGAAGUUUCAGGUACUUCAGAGAGUGUUCUCUGUCUUGGGAGACCCUGAGAAGAGGAAGGUGUAUGAUCAGACAGGCAGUCUGGAAGAUUCAGAACUGUCUGGGGACCAGUUCAACAAUCUCUAUGACUACUACCGAUCCGUCUAUCAGAAGGUGACCGCAGAGGAUAUUGACAGCUACGAGGCCUCUUACCGAGGCUCCGCUUUGGAGACAGAAGAGCUGAAGGGCUACUACAAAAGGUUCAAGGGGGACAUGAGAAAGGUCUUUGGCUGGCUGGUCUGUUCUCGAGAGGACCUGGACAGCCAUCGCUUCAAAGAAACGCUUGAUCAAGCAAUUGCGGAAGGUUCCUUGGAAGAGUAUCCGCGCUACCGAAAGUGGGCCAAGGGCGUAGCGAAGAAGCCGAAGCCAGCGGAGGAUCCUUUGGCCAGGCCGCAGAAAAAAAGCAUUAAAAGCAACGGAGCGCUGAGUGAUUUAACGGCGUUGAUCAGAAAAGGGCAGGCUGAGCGGAACAGCGACUUCUUUUCCAAGCUCGAGGAGAAGUACGGCAUAGCAAAAGGAGGCAAAAACAAAGGCAGGGCCAGUGCAAACGAGCCUAGCGAAGAGGAAUUUCAGGCAGCACAGCAGCGCGUCUUGCAUGGGGGCGCUGUCAAACCAAAGAAGCAUCGAGCAGCAAGAGUCGAGUAGUCGUCUCGAAUACAUUUUCGGGAAACGGAUGCAAGUCUUCUGUCUCCAGAACCACAAUAUAGACCAUGUGCCGAAUGCGUUCCAUGAAACCUUUCUGCCGAAAGGCGGAUUGCCAGUUGUGACAUUGUCCUGUACUCUGUGCAAAAGGUUUGAUGGAGCGUUAGGCCGCGUACCUUCAAAUCUGUGCGGGCUUUAUCAGAAUUUGAAAUGAAAGUCGUGAAGAGGCGGAGGCGACAAGGACUUGGUAACAUCCUUCUACAAGAGGACCGCGUUACUCCUGUAUGGGCUUUCAUUGCAGC